GCGAGAAGGGGCGGAGGAGCUCCACGCCGGGAGCCAGGGAGACGCGCCAGCAGCAGCAGCGGAGGCGCCAGCGAGCGGGCAGGCAGCACCAGCUGCGGACAUUGGGGCAGCUCGCCCGCUCGGGAUGCUCCGUGGCCAGCUGGGGGGCAUGGCCCUGCCACGGGCCCCCGCCGCCUGCCCGAUGUCAAGGUGGAGGCUGUUAUUGUUGUGGAGCUUGGUCCUGGCUUGGCCUGGCGAAGGAUCUCAGCGAAGCGAGCCCAUGUUCACAGCCAUCACGGAUCAGAUCCUCCCGCCUGACUAUGACAGCAAUCCGACACAGCUCAAUUAUGGUGUGGCCGUGACUGAUGUGGACCAGGAUGGAGAUUUUGAGAUCAUCGUGGCUGGGUACAAUGGUCCCAACCUGGUGCUGAAGUAUGACAAGAUACGGGGCCGGCUGGUGAACCUUGCGGUGGAUGAACAUAGCUCUCCAUAUUAUGCAUUGCGCGAUCGCCAAGGCAAUGCGAUUGGUGUGACAGCAUGCGACAUUGAUGGGGACGGGCGAGAGGAGAUCUACUUCCUCAACACCAACAAUGCCUUUUCCGGUGUAGCUACCUAUACAGACAAACUGUUCAAGUUUCGGAACGGGCGCUGGGAGGACAUCUUGAGUGAUGAGGUGAACCGGGGUGUGGCAAGCUGGUUUGCUGGGCGCUCAGUGGCGUGCGUGGACAGGACGGGCUCUGGCCGCUACUCCAUCUACAUAGCUAACUAUGCCAGUAUGAGAGUUGGGCCCCAUGCCCUCAUCGAGAUGGACACAGCUGCCAGCGACCUGGAGAAUGGCAUUGUGGCACUGAAUGAUGUGGCAGCAGAUGCCGGAGUCAACAAAUUCACAGGGGGCCGGGGCUUGGCUGUGGGGCCCAUCCUGAGUGAAGCAGCCUCCGACAUAUUUUGCGACAACGAGAACGGAGCCAACUUCCUCUUCAAGAACCAGGGUGACGGUACCUUCAUAGACGUAGCGCCCUCUGCUGGCCUGGAUGACCCCUACCAGCACGGCCGCGGCGUGGCACUGGCCGACUUCAACCGCGACGGCAAAGUGGAUCUGAUCUACGGUAACUGGAAUGGACCUCACCGGCUCUACCUGCAGAUGAGCGCAGGUGGCCGCUUCCGAGACAUUGCCACGCCCAAACUGUCCAUGCCAUCACCCGUCCGCACCGUCAUCGCUGCUGACUUUGACAAUGACCAGGAGUUGGAGGUCUUCUUCAACAACAUCGCCUAUCGCGGCUCAUCCGCCAACCGCCUCUUCCGGGUGGUUCGCCGAGAGCAUGCUGACCCGGCCAUCGAGGAACUGAACCCUGGCGAUGCUGUGGAACCCGAGGGGCGUGGCACAGGGGGGGCAGUGGUGGAUUUUGAUGGCGAUGGGAGGCUGGACCUGAUCCUGUCACAUGGAGAGUCCAUGGCACAGCCGCUCUCAGUCUUCAAGGUCAACGAGGGCGCUGGCAACAACUGGCUGCGAGUGAUCCCACGUACGCGCUUUGGGGCAUUUGCCCGCGGUGCCAAGGUGGUGCUCUUCACACGUCAGAGUGGUGCCCAUCUGCGUAUCAUUGACGGAGGGUCUGGGUACUUGUGCGAGAUGGAGCCUGUUGCCCAUUUUGGCUUGGGACAGGAUGAGCCUACCAGCCUGGAGGUGACUUGGCCAGAUGGCCGGGUGAUCAGCCGGUCGAUAGCAAGCAGCGAGAUCAAUUCCGUGCUGGAGAUCCCCUAUCCCCGGGACACUCCGGGAUCACCUCUUACCAUUCUUCCUCUGGAGUGUGGCCAAGGCUUCUCUCAGCAUGAGAACGGCCGGUGUGUUGAUAUGGAUGAGUGUGCAGAAUUCCCCUUUGUCUGCCCCAGGGGCAGGCCCAUCUGCAUCAACACAUAUGGCGGGUACCGUUGCCGCAGCAACAAGCGCUGCAACCGCGGCUUUGAGCCCAACGAGGACGGCACAGCUUGCGUUGAUUAUUCUAAUGCAUAACAUGCACACAACAGAAGUGAGCAAAGCGCUCCAUACCAAAGAUUGUUACAAGGCAAAGGUAAGGGCGUCACAUGGAAAACAGGUUUCCAGCAUGGCCAAUGCCUAUUAUACUAUGAACACCAUAACUGUGAAGGGGAUAUGCAUGUUUGUAAAUAUGCAGUGCAUAUGUAAAUAAAAUGAAUAAAAAUGGGCAUUACCCAGGGUGUCUUGAUUGGCCAUGAUUUCUCCUUUGUGUUGAUGGCUGUGCAUUUCCCGUUCUCAAGUUAUUGUGCUCCUGCCUUAGACACACUGAAAAACAUGGUUGCUACAAAAAGCAUUCAGUAAAGGAAGCCUAGAAGGCUCAGGCAAGUGAUUUGCGCCACAAACCAGGAGGGGGGAAAGAGAAAAGGCAGAAAUCCAUGUAGGUACCAAUCAACCUGACUUGGUAGAAGAUACCUUCGCAAACCCUUGUGAAGGAUCAAACCAUUAUCCUUGGACUACAAAUCUGGAUGAGCUUAUGUUAAAAUAUAUUGCAAGAACUAGAAGCCCUGAAGUUCUUCAUUGGUUCAGAUUAAAAUCCAAGCCAGAGAAGGACUAAAAACGUCCUGUGUUCCUGCCUCCCAUCCACCAUUGCUCCUUCAUUUCCAUGCUUUUGUUUGCUUGUGUGUGUGCUUCAGCAGUCAAAGGGAGAGGACAGUUGGCAUGCUGUGUGCCAGAUGCGAGAAGUACUGGAAAGUGUAACUCUCCAGUAAUCUAUGCCGAUAGUUCUGGGGAACUACAUUUCCCAGUACAUCUUGUGUCUAACACAGAACCAAAGCAGCAUGCAGACAGUAGAGAGGGAAGGGGAGAAAGAGACCCCUCUCCCUUUCCGUGCUGUUGGAGGAGCAGCAAAGAUAUAUGCAGAGGAACAAGGGGCUUGAGAGGGCAUAGACAGGUGAAUGGAUAUGGGUUGCCAUUGUGAGGGUUUGGAUAAAUUUUUGGAUCUUGUCAUUUUGGGGCACAAGUGUGUCUGAAACAGGCUUGGAACUGAGUUCAACUUCCCUCUUUACUAUUUUCUGAAUUAGGGGUGGGAUAGUUCAUUCCUGCUCCCCAUUCCCUACCCAGCUCAAUUCCAAACCUAACUGCAAAGUUCAUUCAUCACUACCAAUGAGUAAGUGAUUUUCUUUUUGUUAUUAAGGAAAGAAAAGAAACCCACACCUUUUGGGGACGGUUAAUUAUUUCCUGACCACAUUUGACUAUUCCUGAAACCUAAAAUGAUGCUUCUCAUUCAACACCCUUCAUAAGUUUAUCUGGCUCUCUUUUGACUAAUGACAUUACUCUUCCUGCUUCUAGAGAUACAGUUUCAGAAUUUCAUUCCAUACAUCUUUGUCUCAUUUGCAGGCUAAAUAUGCUUCUUGUGGAGAGAACAGAUCCCUUUGCUAUUUUUGCUCAUAGAAUCCUAGGACUGGAAGGGGUCUUGUAGGCCGUCUUCAAAUGUGGGAAGCCUGUGGAUUGCUCUCUGCUUAACUACAAUUCCCAUCAUAUCUAGUCAUUGGCCAUGCUUUCUGCGGCUGAUGGGAGCUGCAGUUUAGCAGAAUCCCCACGCCUUACUUGAUGCAGGAAAUCCAAAAUUACAUCAAAAUUAAACCCCAAAUCCCAACAGUCAGCCUUUCAGCCUCUGCUUAGAACAGGCAUCCCCAAAUUUCCGCCCUCCAGAUGUUUUGGAUUACAAUUCCCAUCAUCCCUGACCCCUGGUCCUGUUAGCUAGGGAUCAUGGGAGUUGUAGGCCAAAACAUCUGGAGGGCCACAGUUUGGGGAUGCCUGACUUAGAACAUGUCUAGGAAAGGAGGGCCCAAUCCCCACUGGACAUGAUUAGUUCCAUUGCCAAAGUUCUCUUAGGUCUACUUCUGUCCUCUGGAAUGCAGAGCUUUUGCAGUUCUUCAGCUUAAACAAUCCUCUCUCCAAUAUGAUGUAGAAUCAAAUCCAAGAUAUCUUGACCUCUUGGGGCUUGCCUCUAGAGGAUUCUGUUUCUUGAAGCUUUUAUUUGUUUGCCUGAAGUCCAGUCACAUCUCUGGCAUUGUCACCAGGACCCACAUCUUCCUGAUGGGAAAUUCAGUUGGCCUUGCACUGCUGUGAAGCCUUUGUCCUCUUGAAAAGCAGAACUGCUUUUUCUUUGCAACCGUUUCACCUGUACAGAAGGAGCUGAUCUAUCUGGCCAGACUAAGCCUCAAAGAACAACAAGCCUCAAAGUCUGGUGUCGCCAAGAGAAAGCACCAUUGCUACAGCACAUCAUUUAUUUGCUGCAUUUCAGGAGGGUCAGAACAGCUUCCCUUUUAUCCAUGCGCUGCGUGCUAAGGUCCAUGUUGCAUUUCUGCUGAGGACUCAUUCAGUUGUGAGUCCACAGGGCAAUUUUGCGGGGGGGGGGUGUACAUAACUAUUGAUUCUAUCCCACCCUAGUCUCUUCCUAUCCUUGACCUUCCCCAUCACUGUUAUCAGUGAAACUAACACAAGAAACGUAGUAAGUAAGAAGCAGAGGGGAGGCAGGGCAGCAAGCGCUCCACAUCAUGGCUGAUUAAAAAAUCCCGCAUCCGGUCUUCUGCACUAGGUAUGGGUUUACAUGCCCUAAAGACCGAGUUUGAAAUACAUCUUGUGCAGGAAGCUAAAAAGGCCGGACGCAAUUGUUCAGGGAUAAUUUGAAUCUGGGACAUCUUUAUUUACAGUGUGUCUAGAGAGUGGGAAGAAUCACAGAAUCAUAGAAUGGUAGAGUUGGAAGGAACCCAAGGGUCAUCUAGUCCAACCCCCUGCAAUGCAGGAAUCUCAGCCAAAGCAUCCGUGACAGAUGACCAUCCAACCUCUGCUUUUAAAAGGAGAGUCCACCACCUCCCGAGGGAGACUGUUCCACUGUCGAACAGCACUGACUGUCAGAAAGUUUUCUUCUUUCUUGUAACUUGAAGGCAUUGGUUUGAUGUGGGGCUCCAGAUUCUGAACAGCUCAUCUUGGGAGAGCACAGGUUCCAGUCCAGAUUGGAGACAUUGGCCAUUUGAUAGCCCAUUAGGUGCCUUCCAGCUCCAUGAUCCUGUGCUUCCGGCCCCAUUUUAAACCCUCAGGGGUCUUUGCUGCUGAUUUAUAUGACCAUAUUUCUUAGAAAGGUAAGUCCUCAGAUAUGUCUAAAAUUUAGAAAGAGAGAGAGAGAGAGAAUUGACAUACCACUAUGCUGCUGAUGGAGAAGCAGAAAUGCAUGUAGAUUCCAUGAUAGUUUGAUUGGAAGCAGACCUCAGGGGAUAAACAGUGGCAAUACGAUGUGCACAUAUAUGCCGUGUGAGUCACAUGUUCACAAGUGUGUGCCUGAAUGAACCAGAAAUGUGAGUGAACGUUGGUGUGCCACACAAGGGUGCUGAUAAGUGUUGGCCGUAUCAUUCUUUGCCAUGUGCUCAAAUGUGUAUUACCUAAAUACACAUGUGCCUGCAUGAGCUAUGUGUCUGGAUUGUGUGCCUUGCCUAGUUCUAGGGAACUGAACUCUUGAGGGGCUCUUGCUUUCCGUACACCUGACCUAGCAGGGGCACUGAGAUACCUACAGCUGGAAUAGAGGCUAGAAUCCCAAUCUGCCGCAUCACCCCCUUGCUGUGCUGCGAAGGUCACAUACUCUGGGCAUCUGGGCUAUGGUUCCAUAGAGCUUCCAUUGAUCAAUUAAAAAGUAGACGUGUCACUUGGUCAGAUAAGUCCGAGAGCACAGCCUGAAGGAGUGACCAAGCCUUUUCUUGCUUCUUUGCUGCAUAUCCAGAUGGCAACAAUCAGAUAGGACACUGGUGCCCUCUGGAGGGGAAAAAGAAUCAGCAGCCUAUCAUUGCAAGCUUUCCCCACACCAGAGUACAGUAGUGGACAUGGGGAAACACUACUUUCCCAUGCUAAGCACUGAUGCCUGGAUAGUCUCUCAGAUCAUCUCCUUGGAAAUGGAGCACAGUUCAUGCUCUUGAUAAAACUUGCUUCACUGUCCACUGGGUGCAAAAUGGCUUUCCUCUGGAUCUCUUUAGAGGCUUCACUAACCUGCUAAAUGGCUAAAUAUAGGGUGCCACCUGAGCCACCUGUCACAAAGGCUUGCUGCCCCAUUGAGGUCUGCAUAAUUAGUUGCCCUGGCCAGGUUUUCACCCCCACCCCAGCAAUUUGGGGGUGGUGAUGGUCAUGGGAAUUUGGGGCACGUUUUUACAAGGCUGACCUUGAGGGUUUCAGGAAUGGGAAUCUAACCAUGUUUUCCCCAGUGGGAAUAGCUGUCUGAGAGGUGCCCAUGAGGUUUCCUCGUGAGGUUGGAGACACAUGUGUGAACAGGAACACUUAACCACUGCUGCGCUCACUAUGAUCCUUCCUCUC